AGGACUUAUUAGACGUAAAAGAUCCAAAGCUAUUUCAACUAAAACACUCCAAACUCUCUUUCUCUCUCUCUCUCUCUCUCUCUCUCUCUCUCUGCAUAUUCCUCGCAUCUCUGGGAAUUCAAAAUCCCAUAAAAACAGAGAAAAAGGGAAUUCCAAUUCCCACACAUUCACAAAAACACGAAGAAAAGAACUCAAAAUUCUCGGACUCUCUGUGAGAGAGAGAGGAGGAGAGGGAAUUUGAAUUCAUUCCGGCCUCGGAGUUGCGGAUCUGGCGGGAAAAGUUGGGACGAGUUUUCUUGGAUAAAUGCGAUUUUGGUUGGAAGUUUAGGUGUGGUACAAUUUUGUGUAGAGUGUGACAGUUUGGGGGAAAAUCAAUGAAGAACGGGGUGGUAGAAUGCAGUGUCUGCCAUUCGAAGUUGGUUUCCCCAACCACCAAAACCGUGUCAAGGGCUUAUGACCGAUACAAGAACAGGGUAUCAUCGAAGCAACGCGCCCUCAACAUCGCUUUGGUUGUUGGUGAUUGUAUGCUAGUUGGUCUACAGCCUAUUCUAGUUUAUAUGUCCAAGGUGGAUGGGAGCUUCAAGUUUAGCCCAAUUAGCGUCAAUUUUUUAACAGAGAUUACAAAGGUUUUCUUUGCUAUUACUAUGCUCCUGCUACAGGCAAGGAAUCAAAAAGUUGGGGAGAAGCCUCUUCUCUCAAUUUCCACAUUCGUGCAGGCAGCUCGAAACAAUGUGCUUCUUGCUGUUCCAGCAUUUCUUUAUGCUAUCAAUAACUAUCUAAAGUUCACAAUGCAGCUAUAUUUCAAUCCUGCGACAGUGAAGAUGCUGAGCAAUUUGAAGGUUUUAGUAAUUGCUGUUUUGUUGAAGUUUAUAAUGAGACGCCGGUUUUCCAUAAUUCAGUGGGAAGCUCUUGCUCUGCUGCUCAUUGGAAUUAGUGUAAAUCAGUUGCGUUCUUUGCCUGAAGGUACCACUGCUUUGGGUCUUCCAGUCGCAACGGGUGCAUACAUGUACACGUUGGUCUUUGUAACUGUUCCAUCUUUGGCAUCUGUCUACAAUGAGUACGCUCUAAAAAGUCAAUAUGAUACAAGCAUUUACCUCCAGAACUUAUUUUUAUAUGGGUAUGGUGCUAUAUUCAACCUUCUAGGAAUAUUGGUAACUGCCAUUGUCAAAGGUCCUAGUAGCUUUGAUAUCUUAGAAGGUCAUUCAAAAGCUACCAUGCUUCUGAUAGCUAACAAUGCAGCACAAGGAAUUCUAUCAUCAUUUUUCUUCAAAUAUGCAGAUACAAUUUUGAAGAAGUACUCCUCAACAGUUGCCACAAUCUUUACGGGCAUAGCAUCUGCUGUGAUGUUUGGUCAUACUUUGACUGUAAACUUUUUGUUAGGAAUUUCUAUUGUAUUUAUCUCAAUGCACCAGUUCUUUUCACCCCUUUCUAAAGUCAGAGAUGAACAACAAAAUGGGAAGCUUGAGCUAGUAGAUGUUCAUGAAAAUCAAAGGCCAAAGGAUUCUUUUAUAAAUAUGGCAGCAGGAGCAAGUGAAGAGGCAAGUCAUCUUGUAGGAUCUGAUGAGAGAAAGCCACUUCUUCCCACCUGAGGUUACUCUUUUAAGAACUUUCUUCGAAGAAAUUCUUUUGGCAGGAUUUAUAGGAUGGUACAAAAGAUAGCCAGGUCUCCAAUCACUCAAUAAAAUAAAAUUAAGAAAAAAUAGCCUUCUACUUUUUUGGGAUCCCUUGCCCAUUAACGGGAUUUUCUAGUUGGGGCGUAAAGCUUUUCAUGGAUGAAUGUGCAGUAUAGAAGCUGGUGGGUGACCUGGGUUUUUGCUGCUCUGAGAUUUUGAUAGGGAGACAUACUUGUCUUCCUGCCCGGAUCUCCAACUUCCUGCCCCGAAUUCAAUACACCUAUUCAGUUUUACUAAUGGUGAAUGUUUUUUUUUUUUUUAAAAUAUUAAGAGUUUCAAAUAUUUUUUUGACCCCGUUUCUUCCCAAUAUAUCAUUUUUUAUAUAGAAAGUGUUUUGAUAUUGAUACUA